GGAGAAGUACAUUCCGUCAAGAUUGAAGGAUGAAUUGAUGAACAUCCAGCCCGUCAUUGAAACCGGAACCAUUAGAAGGAAAAGAAGUCACGUGAUACAGGAGUUAAUAGAGACGGAGAGAGCGUACGUCUCAGAUCUGAAGAAUAUCAUACAAGGUUACUACGAUCAGUUUGAUAAUGAAGAGAUGGUGCAUUUGAUCCCAGAAGGUAUGAUGGCAAAGAGGGAGACGUUCUUCGGCAACAUUAGAGACAUCUAUCACUUCCAUGCUGAAAUAUUCUUGAAAGGUCUGGAGGCGUGUGAUAGCCGGCCCAGCGAGGUCGGCAGGUGCUUCACCGACAACAAGGAAAGGUUGCAGCUGUACAGCGAAUACUGCCAGAAUAAAAUCCAAGCAGAAAUCCUCAUUGAAAAAUUCGGAGACAGCAAUCCAUUUUUUAAGGCUUGCCAGGCCAAACUGAACCAUCCCCUGCCAUUGAGUUCCUACAUCUUGAAGCCCGUGCAACGGAUCACCAAGUACCAUCUACUUCUCAAGGAAUUGAUACGAAUGACAACUCAGGAGGAGGAGUUAUGUGACCUUAGGAAGGCUAUCGUUGCCAUUGGGGAUGUCCUGAGAUUCGUCAACAACUCCAUGCAUCAGCUGUCUAUCAUUGGAUACAAUGGCAACCUAUCCGACCUUGGCCGCCUGUUGAUAGUUGGGCCCCUGGAGGUCACAGUGGACAAGAGGAAGGAUAGAUCGCCCUCCCUGAAACAGACCUACCACAAGCGGCAGGUCUUCAUGUACGAUAGGUGCCUGCUGUUCUGUAAGAGGAAGGAACCCGGUUCCAACAACACCCUGCCUUCAUACAUAUUCAAAUCUGCUCUCAAGACGGAGGAGGUGGGGCCAUUAGUAGAAUCUCCGCGGGGCGGUGACGAACGGAAGUUCGAGUUGUGGUCGAAGAAUGAGGUCUGGAGUUUUAUGGCACCGUCCAUAGCAGAGAAGGCCGACUGGGUCGAUGAAAUAAAAAAAGUAUUGUUCGAACAAAUGGAUAUGAUGAGGGCUGCUUCUAAAAGAUUACAUAUUGACUCUUCGACAGAUGGAGGGGUUGUCAUCAUAGAUCCAUUGGUCUGCCUGCAAUCAAACGAACUGGAUUCAUUAUUAACAGUUGACACGCUCAAUCUAUCCUAAUAUUAAUUUAUUCUUUUCAUUCCUUUAUUUUUAUAAUUCGUUCAGUUCUUCAUUCGCUGACUUUGAUCUAUGUAAAUUUAUAUAUAUAUAUAUAUAUAUAUAUAUAUAUAUAUAUAUAUAUAUAUAUAUAUAUAUACAUAUAUUUAU